GUGGCUCCAGUUUUUGGGGGAGUGGCUAUGGCGCUCCUGCAUAGCAGAAGAAACGAAGUAGUUAAAAAGUAUAACCAGCGAGGGGCAGGGACCCAAGGAUAAGGCUAUAUAAGACCGCGCCUCCAGCGCAGAGCCGCUGCUACUGCUGAGUCGGGACCGGGGCUCAGGAACUCAGCCCUUCAGUACCAGAGGCCAGGGACAGAAGCAAAGGGCAACAGACCGAUCCAAGCUGGGGCUCCUUAUUCACGUCUGAAACAGGCACAGGACCUCCUAACUUAGUCCCCUGUCCCCACACGCGCACCCGCAGAGUUGCAGGCUCUCGCCCAGCACAUCGGCUUGCGGAACAAGCACGCCCGGAGGCAGGUCCCACACCAAGGCGAUGCGUGCAGGAGCCCAGGCGACUGUCCUCGGGCGGAGGGAGUAGGACCCAGCCGGGAGGGAAGGAGUCUGCAGGGUGAGAGUAGCGGGCGGAGGGCACCUUAGCUGCGGGACACCUGCUGCUGCAGCCUUGCCGGGAUGCUGCGCGUGGUCUGCCUGCUGCUGGGCUCAGCACUGCUCUGCGGCCACGGAGCCUUCUGCCGCCGGGUCGUGAGCGGCCAAAAGGUGUGCUUCGCUGAUGUGAAGCAUCCUUGCUACAAAAUGGCCUACUUCCACGAACUGUCCAGCCGAGUGAGCUUUCAGGAGGCUCGCCUGGCUUGUGAGAGUGAGGGAGGGGUCCUCCUCAGUCUUGAGAAUGAAGCAGAACAGAAGUUAAUAGAGAGCAUGUUGCAAAACUUGACAAAGCCUGGAACAGGAAUUUCCGACGGUGAUUUCUGGAUAGGGCUGUGGAGAAAUGGAGAUGCACAAACCUCUGGUGCCUGCCCAGAUCUCUACCAGUGGUCUGAUGGAAGCAGUUCCCAGUACCGGAAUUGGUACACCGAUGAACCUUCCUGCGGAAGUGAAAAGUGUGUUGUGAUGUAUCAUCAACCAACUGCCAAUCCAGGUCUCGGGGGUCCCUACCUUUACCAGUGGAAUGACGACAGGUGCAACAUGAAGCACAAUUAUAUCUGCAAGUACGAACCAGAGAUUAGCCCAACAGAUCCUAUGGAGAAGCCUUAUCUAACAAAUCAACCAGCAGACACCCAUGAAAAUGUGGUUGUUACUGAAGCAGGCAUACUUCCUAAUCUAAUCUAUGUUAUUAUACCAACAAUACCACUGCUCUUACUGAUACUGGUUGCUUUUGGAACCUGCUGUUUCCAGAUGUUGCAUCGAAGGAAAGCGAGGAGACAGUUCGUCAAAGACUCAACUCCAUUAUCAUCUGAUAAAGGAAGAACAAAAACAAGUCCAAACCAGUCCACACUGUGGAUCUCAAAGAGCACCAGAAAGGAAAGUGGCAUGGAAGUAUAAUAAUUCAUUGACUUGGCUCAGAAAAGAAAACUAGUCUUGUAAUUCUGGAUCCAUGUAAGGAAUGGCAUCAGAACAUUAGCUUGGAAUGGCUUGAAAUCUCAAAGGAUUUGCAAAAUGAACUGUAAGCUCCCCCUUGAGGCAAAUAUCAAAAUACUUUUUAUAUGUUUAUUAUCUCAUUUACAAAAAUGUGCUGUACUAAUAAUGGAGUGAGACUUGCUUAUUUUGUUAAAGGAUGCACCUAGACUUCAAGAAAAUGAAAUGGACCAUGCAGAUAAAACUACUGUCAGCACAUCAGGAGUAAAUGUGUUGAAAGCAGUUAAUUUUAUUUCUUUCACUUUUCAUAAGUUGUA